AUGAGGGAUCUAUUCAGUGGUCAUUAUACUAUUAUUAGACCCUCAGCGCCGCCGGUCGAUCACAACUUCUGGAUCCUGAAGCACUACGAUGAGCUCAAGAAGAAACGCCCGCGCCAGGCCAUGAUCCGGAUGUCGUUGGGGUAUAUAUUGGUCAAUAUCAAGUUUCAAUAUGGAAGUAACAGAACGGCCAUGAUGCCAAUACCGAUGACUUACGAAACAAGUGUCCCCACCUACUAUGUAACAGAAAAAAUAGCCUCCUAA